UCAAGAACAAGCUAUUAUGGCCGCAAAUUCAUCUGAUCAAUCAUCUUCAGCAGUUGGUGAGGCUACUUCUACCGAGACCAAUGAAGGCCCUUCCACCUCGACUUCAAACGCAAACUCAACAAACACUUCAUCCAACUUGGACGCGUCAUCAGGGACAUCAUCAGUUGAUCCUGCCACCUCGACGUCGUGUGUUGGCGUGAAAAGAAAUUCUCUGGAUGAUGGUCACGACGAGACACCCGAGGAAAAAAGGUCCAGAUUAUUGGAAAGAAAUCGAAUUGCAGCCGCAAAAUGUCGUCAAAAGAAAAAACAAGCUCAAGAGAGCCUCCAACACCAAGCGUCAGAUUUGACGCAAAAGAACACGGGGUUGCACUCAAUCGUAAACGAUCUCAGAGAGGAAGCUUUAAGAUUGAAAAAUCAACUUCUUGCUCAUAGCACUU